AUGACGCUGGCGAAUGUGAUGCGAGCGAAUGUGAUGCGUCUAGCGGCGAUCCGAACCGUACACUCGAAUCAAUUUAAGAUUGCACAAUGUGCGAUUUCGUAUCCCCAAUCAUCGAUGCAGCUGCGGUCCAUGGGUCUGCUUUCUAACAUUAAAAAGACUGUGUCGGGCAAGUUGGAGGAGCGCAAUCAACAUAAACAAGGAGAGGCAUAUAAGCAGCAGAUGAUUGAGCUUUCGCAACAGGAAAAAUUUGAUCUGAAUGGGUUUUAUGCUCAUUUAAAGAAAAAUGCUGAAGCGAGUGGUGCUAGCGGUUGGCGAGCGAUGAUUCCUGGUGUCUCAUCAAUGACUGCCGUGCAACAAAUGAAGAUGUUUAUGACUAUUCUGGAGUCAAUGGAGCCUGAAUAUCUUGAGAGUCCUCGCCUGAUCAAUGGAAAAGUCAAGAGGAAAAUCUCUGAAAAGACUGGUCAUUCGCCAGAAGAUAUCAAUAACAUGUUGCGCAACUACGAGCAGCUUUCAGCUCUUCAUAUUUGGCUGGUAAAGCGGGCAGAACGUGGUCUUUCUAUUCCCGAGACUAUCGAUGAAACUACGGAGAUGGUGCGUCAAGACCCGACGGGAUUUCCAGCCAAAAAAUUUAGGAUGAAGCAACGCCGAGGUUUUGCUAUUCAUUCUUGUAAAUUUAAGGUGAAUACCAUGCAAAGCUCCCACAACGUCGUAUUUGGUGACCCCCUUAAGCCUGUAAAGCUUGACGAUUUUCGCAAUGUCCUCAUUCGUCAAGAAGAGACGAUUAUCUUUGCGUUAAUUGAGCGCGCACAAUUUCCGCGGAAUAUGGAGGUCUAUUUGAGCAUGAAAGACAGUAAAAGUGCAGCAUUUGGAGGAUUAAAAGGCAAGUAUACGACUUUUGACGGAAGUCUACUCGACUUUAUGCUACUGGAAACGGAAAAAUUACAUGCAUUGACACGUCGGUAUACUUCGCCGGAUGAAAAUGCUUUUUUUCCGCAUCACUUGCCAGAACCAAUUUUACCACUUCUCAAUUAUCCACGUGUAUUAAAUCCGAACCGGAUAAACGUCAAUCAUCAGAUCAUGAGUGUAUACCUGGAAAAAAUCUUACCGGGAUUAACAACUUUUGCUACUGACGACACAGCAUUUGGCUCGACAGCAACGGCAGAUAUUGCAGUUCUACAGGCUUUAAGUAAACGAAUUCACUUUGGUAAGUUCAUUGCUGAAGCGAAAUUUCAAGCCGAGACCGAACGUUAUACGGAACUUAUUCUUGCAAAUGAUGCGGAUGGCAUUAUGAAAGCUUUGACCAAUUUAGAAGUUGAAAAGAAAGUAUUGGAACGUGUUAAAAUGAAAGCUUCAGCUUAUGGUCAAGACCCAAACGUUCCAAUUUCAACGGAUAAAACUAUGAAAGUAUCUCCUCAACUCAUUUCUGAUUUAUAUUGUGACUUUGUCAUGCCUUUAACAAAGGAAGUACAAGUUCAAUAUUUAUUACAACGUGUAACCCAUCCAACAAUUGCUAUAGCUGGUACAAAAGGAUCAUUUUGUUGGUUAGCUGCUCAAACUCAUUUUGGCAGCAAUACAUUGAAUGACUUUCAAUUGUAUCAAGCAGAAUCGAUAAGUCAAGUCUUUGAGAAUGUCAAUGCAAAUUGUACUGCAUAUGGUGUCGUGCCAAUUGAAGACUCUCUUUCAGGAAUGAUCAAAGAGACACAAGCACAAUUGAGACUCAGUACAUUGAAAGUAUCUGCUGAAAUUCUACUCACACGUUCAUUUCUAUUUGCGACUCAAGAUAAAAGACUAUUAAACACGAAUGAAGUGACCAAAGUCUUUUGUCCACUCGAAACAAGUGCUUGCUUUCUUGCACAAGCUGAACAAAAUUGGCCAAGUGCACAAAUGAUUUCCGUCUCCAAUGUAUCAGAAGCAGCAAGUUGUGCAAGAUCUGAAGCAUUGACAGUUGCAGUAACAACGGCUGGUGCUGCAGACUCAAACAAUUUAGAUCAAAUUGAAUCAAGCUACGAACUGACGUCGGAUGAUGCCGUAACUAGCAAGUCUUUCAUUCGCUUUGUCAUUGUGUCAAAAGGGUACCCUGCAGCCACGGGAAAGGAUAAAUCAUUUUUGAGCAUGGAAAUUAAGCACGAAGUUGGCUCAUUACUAUCAGCUCUCGAUGUAUGGAAGAAACAUAACAUUAAUCUUUCGUGGCUUGAAUCUCUUUAUCGUAAAGAAGGAGGCUAUGACUUUUUCGUGGAGAUUGUCGGCCAUUAUGAUGAUAAGAAUGUGCAACAAGCGGUGCAGGAUCUCCAAUCGGUGUGUACACUGAAACAUCUUGGAUCGUUUCCAACAGCAGAACGUCUCAUUCGAAGUUAA